CAAUUCGAUUUUAAUUGAGUGGCUGUACAGUUUAGCGGUCGAAAUUAAAAACGCAUCUGUCUACAAUUUUAUUGAGUCAGAAAUAAUUAUUUCGUGAAAAUCAAAACACUGUGGCUACUGCGCUUCCGCUCAUUUUUAAUUUCAGAGUUUUUCCGGUAAAAGGAAAAACAGAAUAAGGCGAUAAUGAAUCGUCUUCUGCGAUUCGCACUUCUGACAUCUUUUCUUCAGCUACCAGGAGCACAGGCAUCAUCAGAAGCAGACGAUUACUACUACAGUGACUGGGGGAGCAGUGACUACAUCGACUAUGAUGACUAUGACUACCACAAUGAUGAUGACAUGAUUUCGGGAGACUGGGUGGAAGCGCCCCUGUCCGCAUUGGGAGCAGAUGCCACGGCGUUCGAGCAGAGCCUGUUCUACGUUGGACUAGAAGAUACUCUGGAUAAAUUGGACUGCAGCAGGUACGGCGGGUACAUCGACCGCAUCUUUGUGGACAUCGGAGAUGACGAGGAGGACUCGAUGGUGUUGCAGGUCACGUGUGACUCCAAAACCAGCUGGGUCUUCUUCGAAGGCAUGCCCCCAGAGCAAGUGAAAACAUACGAAUACAAACCCGUCGAUGCUCUCGAGUUUUAACGAGCUAAUCUCAAUAAAGUAUAGGUUUGUGGCCAAGCCAUGUCCAAAAUAAAUCGAAGUCAAUUCAA